AUGGCCUCAGCAACGUCAUCCCCAGCUAUGAACCAGCCGGGCUCGCCGGGUCAGGCCCCUGCCGAGACACCAAGCGCACCGCCUAUCCCUAUUCUUCCCUUGAAGCUGUCGCAAGGUUACUCAUAUGUGCACCCAGUGCUUCUCCUGACACUAUGUGCUGUACGGUUCGAGAAACUGGUUGCGGACCCUGCGCAAGAACUUCUGAAAGACCUGCCAUGGCUGGCUUUGCUUCAGAUCUUUUAUGUGAUGCUCUGUCUUCCACCGGCCGGGUCAACACAAUCUGCCGAAACUAUCUCGGACGGCGAAGAGAAAAAGAAAGCUGCACCGCGCUCGCCCGGUAGCCCUUCUGUGGCUUUACGUCCAGGCAAGCCUAGAUAUCGGCGAAAGCAUCAGAGCGGCAAGCUCGACUUGGCCGGAGCACUUGCCAAACUCAUGCCGGCUUUUCUCUCUCUCGUCAUCUCCGCCUUCAUCGCAACCCCCAUUUUUGCGGUCCUUCUCGUCUUAUUCGGUGCUCCGCUGACAACACACAACGCUGAGACCGUGCUCUGCGCCGCCCAUAUGGCCCUGCUCUCCGCAACUGCGUUAGUCUACACCCAUGGUCUGGAUGGUCAAAUAUGGAAAGAGGUGUGGGGAAUUGCUCGGCCUGUUGAUGCAGUCUGGGGCAGCGCUCUGGGCACUGGACUGGGGGCAUGGUUUGGAGCCAUCCCUAUUCCGCUGGACUGGGACCGCCCAUGGCAAGCCUUCCCCAUCACCAUCCUGGUAGGAGCGUACAUCGGUUAUGCCUUGGGAUCAUUGGUGUCCCGCACGCCGUUGCUGUAUGGCAAGCGGAUUCAUUUUACGCCUUUGCGAGCCGAAGAUGCAGACAAGAAGACAAAUUGA